AUGGAUCUCAGCCCCAAGCACCGCGCAGAAGCCCUGCUCCUCAAGGCAGCCCGCGCGUACGGCAUCCCCGCCUCCAAGGAAGACGUGCAACACGCCCUAUCAGAUGCUUCAUUCGUCGACUGGGCGAACUUGCACCUCGCGAGCGAUCACCUCCUCACGGGUGAUGAGCUGGCACUGUAUACUGCGCUUGAUAAGAGCGGGCAGGUUGACAGGUUGGCAGACCUGCAUGAUCUGGGAGAGGUGCAGGCGGUGAGUGAGGAUGAUGUGAGGGCGGCGAUUGAGGAGCUGAAUAGGUCGACGGCUACGAUAUCGAAGCAGACUGAGACGCUGAAGCAGCAGCGUGAUGCGCUGGCGAGGUUGGUGAAGAAGCGUGAUGAGGCGGAGACUCAGAGGAGGGAUCUUGAAGAGGCGCGGCUUAACAAGACGAAACAUGCGUUGAAGAAAUUGGUGUUUGAGGUUGAUGGUGAGGCACAGAGUCUGGAGUAUCGUGUUGCAGAUCUGGAGCAGAUUGCUAAGGACUCGCGAUCGAAUCUUAAGAAGACGGUUGAUGCGGUGUUUCAGUCUGAUGAUAAGCUACUCUCGAGUUUGCAGAAGCUUGGGUGGGAGCUUGAUCAGCAGGAUCCAGAGGAGGAGAAGACGAUUGAGAAAUUGAGGGAGACUUGUAUGCGGCUGAUCAAAACAACUGUUGAGACGUUGAGGACGAGAUUGGAUAGGAUUUAUCUUGAGGCUAUCCUUGCAGCGGAGCGCUCGGGGGAUGUCAAGGCUGCUACCCAGGAAGACGUUAAAGCUCUCGAGGAAGAGCUUGAGUCGCUGUACUCGGAGAUCUUACCUGUUGCACAAAUGUCUGCUGAGCAGCAGCAUUUGGAACCAGCGCUGAAGGCUACGAAUGCUCAGAGCGGACAGAGCAUACAUCGCUCAGCGGUGGCAGUUUCUUACGUCAACGAGUGUCUUGACUAUCUCGUAGAAAGGAUAACACUGCUCACAGACCGUGUCGAAACUCUUAAAUCCCACAACGCAGCGGCAUCUUCCAUCAUCGCUACAGCCAAAGCAGAAUCAUCUGCCUCACUAUCCCCCGAAAAGAAGAAAUCUCUUAGAGCCGCUAUGCCAGCAUCUCCCAUUCGAAACCCCUCGCCAAUUCGCAUGCGCGCCAACACAGACGGUGCACGUCGCAGCAACAAUAACCGACGUCGCUCAUCCGGUAUUCUCGACGAACCCGCAAUCGAAGCUCUUCUCCGUGACUUAGCGCUCUCACUACCAGAUUCAGAAGAAGCUUCCAUUCAAGACCAAGUAUCAGCUCUGAACAAAGCUUUCACGGAAAGAUCUGGUAAAACUACAGAUGUGGUGCGCAAUGCACAGGAGAGUUUUGAGACGAGUGUUACGUCGAGGUUGGAUGAUGCGAGAUUGGCGAUUCAGCUUUUGAGGGAUAGUGUAUUGGCGGAGAGUCCGUUUGGGGAGAUUAAGAUGGUUGAUCCGGAGUUUGAAGGGUCGAUUGAUGUUUUGGGUCAAGAGGUGGAUAAGGUUAAGGAGAAGUUGGAUGGUGUUGUGGCGAAGAAGGCGUUGGCGAAGAGUGUGAAGAAGGAUGAGUUUGUACAAAGAUGGGCAUCAUAG